AUGGUGUUCGCGUUUCGAAGUGCCGUUUAUUUGUGCAUAUUAUAUUAUUUAAAUGUACACGCAUAUAACGCUUGCAAAGUACCAAAUGCCGGGGCGGGCACUUGCAUCAGCAUCUCAAAAUGCACACCAUUACAAAUCCUAUAUAAGAAACAACAUAAAAACCGUCUAGAGAAUUUAUUUAUCCAGCAGUCCCUUUGCGGGAAUUCGGAUAGCCCGGCGCUGAAGGUUUGUUGCCCUUCUGAAGACGAUUGGUCUAGUUUCAAACCGCGCCCAGUUAUAUUUCCGGGACCAGAUAAUGUGUAUACUUCUAUAAGAACAACCGAAAUCAUACCAACAAAAGAAACGAGCAAGCCAGUAGUAACAGACCCUCAAUCAUUUACGUUUAAUACCGGUCUAGGUACAAGAAUACUUGGUGAAAACAAAAAUUCAAAUUGUGGUGUAGAUACAGCAAGUUCUAACAGAAUAACUGGUGGAAAUGUAACCGGAAUAGACCAAUAUCCCUGGCUAGCUCUGCUUGAAUACCAGUCUACUACGGAAGAGAAUAUUGAUGGAUGUGGCGGUGCACUAAUAAACACUAGAUUUGUCUUGACUGCUGGACAUUGUGUGCCUGGAAGUUUAGGCAUGCCCACAUACGUGAGACUUGCCGAGUAUGAUAAAACCACAACACCAACUGACUCAGUGGAAACAGACGGAGGCGGCUUUGAUUAUAUAACAGAAAAAAGAAUUGCAGUGGAAAAUGCUAUCAGACAUCCUCUUUACAGUAGAAUCGAUGUUCGGAACGAUAUCGGGAUCGUUAAAAUGGUAUCUGACGUAGUAUUCGGCGAUUUCGUUAAAGCUAUCUGCCUACCAAAAAUUAACUUUUUGCCAACGUUCGGUGAAUACACAAACUUCACAGUCGCGGGAUGGGGGACAGAUAAUGGUGUAAAUAUUGAAGUGAAAUCCGAGGUGAUAUUACCUUACGUGCACUUAGACAAAUGUCAGGGUACACAGGACUAUAUGAUCACAAAAUCACAAAUUUGCGCUGGAGGUGUAAAAGGCAAAGACACCUGUAAAGGGGAUUCUGGCGGACCUUUGAUGUAUGAAUACGAUAAAUUAUUUUAUGUGGUCGGUGUCGUGAGCUAUGGUAUGAGUAUUUGUGGCACCGAGGGCUCGCCAGCUGUGUAUACGAACGUUUACGAAUAUGUCCCGUGGAUAGAGUCUGUGAUAAAUAAAAAU